GCUCAGAAGAUUACUCUGUUUCCAUGCACCACACAGUGUAAAAGCACCCAUAAAGAUCACAGUGAGAGGAAAGAGGCAUAGCAACAACCUACCAAGCAAAUGUAGCUCAUCUAGCUACCAAAUUCCCAUAAGACGGAAGUCAAAUACUGUGCCUGCCCUGGCUUGCCCUCCCUACGUUCUGCCCUUUAAGCAGUCAAACAAAGAAGCUACAGCCUACAGCAGCAUUCUCAAACCGAGCAACCCAUCUCAGUGGUAAGCAUUACAGACCGUUUUUGUUUCUUGCAACAAGAAAAUAGAAAGUUAUUGAAAGAGAAGAGUAGAGCAGAGAUGGGGAAAAGGGGAUAUUAAAGAAGUAGCAUAUUUAAUGUCUAUUCAAUUAUUGAUCCUGUUUGCGAACUGUGUAAUCUAGCCAGCUAAAUUCAUAAAAAUGUUUGCAGAAAGGACCACCUCAUUCAUUUAAAUUCUACUAAUCUUUGUCACUGCUAUGGCUUGUACAUGUGCCAGCUAGGUAUACAUGCUAGCAAAGUUGCUAACAAGCUAAAGUAGUCCAGUUGACAAAUGCGUAACAGUCGAAAGUGAUACACUUCCUGGAUAACCAACAAAUGUUACAGAAAUCAGCCACUUAAAUUUGGUAGUGUGUGUAGUAGCUAUUUGACAGCAUUGUGUAUGAUUGAUACUCUCUCUCUCCCUCUCUGUAUGGGUGGAGGUGUGUGUGUGUGUGUGUGUGUGUGUUCACAGGGCUGAUAUAGGUCAGAGGACAGUAGUAUUUGUCUUCCCGUGAGAAGGGAAUUACGACCUCUAAAAUGAGUCUCUCUGCAGAGAGAGAGGAGGGGGACAGUUUUUCGAAAAAUAUUCUCUCAGGCGAGAAAGAGGAGCAGGAGAGACCAGUGUCUCCUGUACCCAGCUGUGUGUCCAUGAAGAGUGACAUGUCAAUCGAUCCUCCGUUUAACUUCAGUAAAGAACCAUUGUCCAGUGAACAGUGGGUCCAUCAGGAGAGACCAGCGUCUCCUGUAACCAGCUGUGUGUCCAUGAAGAGUGACAUGUCAAUCGAUCCUCCAUAUAACUUCAGUAAAGAACCAUUGUCCAGUGAACAGUGGGUCCAUCAGGAGAGACCAGCGUCUCCUGUAACCAGCUGUGUGUCUAUGAAGAGUGACCAGUCUAUGGGACGAUCAAUCAACUUUUCCAGUGAACAGGGGGUCCAUCAGGAGAGACCAGUGUCUCCUGUAACCAGCUGUGUGUCUAUGAAGAGUGACCAGUCUAUGGGACCACCAAUCAACUUUUCCAGUGAACAAGGGAUCCAACAAGAGAGACCAGUGUCUCCUGUACCCAGCUGUUUGUCUAUGAAGAGUGACAAGUCUAUGGACCUGCCAAAGAGGUUCAGUAAUGAACCACUUAUGUCAAAUAAAAGGGUCCCUCCACUCCCUCAGCAGAGACAGGACUGUCCUCCUUCCUGCACUGUGUCCAUGGAGCCAUAUGAAGGAGCGAAUGUCUUUCCCGUAGAUCAGAAAAUGCACCAAAAUGUCAGUGCUGAGGCAGAAAUCCAAGAGAAGCUCAAAUCAACUCUGAAGAAGAGAUUUCAGUGUGUUUUUGAGGGACUAGCACAGCAAGGAAACCCUACACUUCUCAAUGACAUCUACACAGAGAUUUUCAUCACUGAAGGUGGAAGUGGAAAGGUCAAUAAUGACCAUGAGAUAAGACAGAUUGAGGCAGCAUCCAGGAGACCAGCAACACAAGAUACACCAAUCAAAUGUAAUGACAUCUUUAAACCCUUACCUGGACAAGACAGGCAUAUAAAAGCUGCGUUGACAAAGGGAGUCGCUGGCAUUGGAAAGACCAUUUCCGUGCAGAAGUUUAUUCUGGACUGGGCCGAAGGAAAAGCCAAUAAGGAUAUUCAGUUCAUAUUUCCACUUCCUUUUCGUGAGCUGAAUUUGAUGAGGACGAAGAGAUGCAGUUUGAUGGAACUUUUACAAUCUUUUUUCAUGGAAAUGAAAGAAUCCAAAAUGAUUAACUAUGAUGAGUGCAAAGUCCUGUUUGUAUUUGAUGGUCUGGAUGAGUGUCGACUCCCUCUUGACUUCCAGAACAAUAAGACCUGUUUUGAUGUCUCAGAGUCAACCUCAGUUGAUGUGCUGCUGACAAACCUUAUUAAAGGGAAUCUGUUACCCUCUGCGCUUCUCUGGACAACCUCCCGACCUGCAGCAGCCAAUCAGAUCCCUCCUGAGUGUGUUGACCAGGUGACAGAGGUACGAGGGUUCAAUGACCCACAGAAGGAGGAGUACUUCAGGAAGAGAUUCAGUGAUGAGAACCUGGCCAGCAGAAUCAUCUCACACAUUAAAUCCUCAAAGAGUCUCUACAUCAUGUGCCACAUACCAGUUUUCUGUUGGGUUUCAGCCACUGUUCUAGAGAGAAUGUUGGGUGAAGCAGAGAGUGGAGAGAUCCCCAAGACUCUGACUCAAAUGUGCACACACUUCCUGAUCUUUCAGACCAAACAGAGUAGUAAAAAGUAUCUUGGAGAAGAUUACAUUGAUCACCACUGGAAUACAGUAAUGAUAAUGAAACUGGGGAAACUGGCUUAUCAACAGCUGGAAAAAGGUAAUCUGAUCUUCUACGAGGAAGACCUAAGAGAAUGUGGCAUUGAUGUCACAGAAGCAUCCGUGUACUCAGGAGUGUGCACACAGAUCUUUAGAGAGGAGAAAGGGCUGUGCCAGGAGAAGUUAUUCUGCUUUGUACAUCUAAGCAUUCAGGAGUUUUUAGCUGCUCUGUAUGUGUUUCUCACAUUCAAAAACAGCAAUGUAAAUCUUCUCUCUCGAGGUGUAAAUAUUAAGACAAUGUCAGGAGAAACACCUGCAUUGUUUCUACACAAAAGUGCAGUGGACAAGGCCUUACAAAGUAUGAAUGGACACCUGGACCUGUUCCUCCGUUUCCUUCUGGGCCUCUCACUGGAGUCCAAUCAAACUCUCUUACAAGGCUUACUGUCACAGACAGAAAGCAAGUCCCAAAGCAGUGAGGAAACAGCCAAGUACAUAAAGAUGAAGAUCAAGAAGAAUCCCUCUCCAGAAAGGUGCAUCAACUUGUUCCACUGUCUGAAUGAACUGAAUGACAUUUCUCUAGUGGAGGAGAUCCAAAGCUAUCUGAGCUCAGGAAGUCUCUCAAAAACUGAACUGUCACCUGCACAGUGGUCCGCUCUGGUCUUUGUUUUGCUGACUUCAGUGGAGAAGCAGGAUGUUUUCGACCUGAGAAAGUAUUUCAGAUCAGAGGAGGGUCUUCUUAGGCUGCUACCAGUGGUCAAAGCCACCAGAACAGCAAUCCUGAAAGAUUGUAACUUGACUGAAAGAUGCUGUAAGUCUUUAGCUUCAGCUCUCAGAUCGAACUCUUCUUCACUGAGAGAGCUGGACCUGAGUGACAAUAAACUGCAGGAUUCAGGAGUGAAGCUGCUCUCUGAUGGAUUGAAGAAUCCAGGUUGUAAAUUGAAGACACUGAGGCUGAAGAGCUGUGGUACCACAAAGAUUGGCUGUGCUUCUCUGGCUUCAGCUCUAAGGUCAAACUCCUCACACCUGAGAGAGCUGGAUCUGAGCAGGAAUAUCCUUGGAGACUCUGGGCUAAAGCUGCUCUCUACUGUACUGGAGGAUCCACACUGUAAACUGGACAUACUGAGCCUUUCUGGUUGUGGAGUCACAGAGGAGGGUUGUACUUCUCUGGCUUCAGCUCUGAGGUCAAACCCCUCACACCUGAGAGAACUUGACCUGAACAACAACCAACCAGGAGACUCAGGAGUGAAGCUGCUCUCUGCUGUCCUGGAAAAUCCACAGUGUAAAUUGCAAAAACUGAAGCUGUAUAACUCUAAAACCACAGAGGAAGGAUGUUAUUAUCUGUCUUCAGCUCUGAUGACAAACCCCUCACACCUGAGAGAGCUUGACCUAGGUGGAAAUAAGUUAAGAGACUCAGGAAUUAACCAUCUCUCUGCUGCACUGAAGGAACCACAAUGUCAACUGGAAACACUGAGGAUGGUAGGCUGUGGAGUCACAGAGGAGAGCUGUGCUUCUCUGGCUUCAGCUCUGAGGUCAAACCCCUCACAUCUGAGAGAGCUGGACCUGACCAACAACCAACCAGGAGACUCAGGUGUGAAGAUGCUCUCUGCUGUCCUGGAGGAUCCACUCUGUAAACUGGAAAGACUUUCGCUGAAAUGCUGUAACCUCACUGAGAAAUGCUGUGGGUCUCUGGCCUCAGCUCUCAGCUCAAACUCCUCUAGUCUGAGAGAGCUGCACCUGAGUCACAAUAACCUACAGGAUUCAGGAGUGAAGCUGCUCUCUGCUGGAUUGGGGAAUACACACUGUAAAGUGGAAAAACUGGGGCUGUUAUGUUGUUGGGUCACAUGGGAAGGCUGUGCCUCUUUGGCUUCAGCUCUGAGGUCAAACCCCUCACACCUGAGAGAGCUAGAUCUACAAAUGAAUAAACCAGGAGACUCAGGGAAGAAGAUGCUCUCUGAUGUCUUGGAGGAUCCACUCUGUAAACUGGAGAAACUUACUGUAUAAUGUACUCUGUAAAACAUUUUUGUCUGAAAACUAUUAUGGUACAUUUCCACCUUUUAAUGCAUUUUCAUACAUUUCAAGAAGAGUUUUCUGUGAAGAAACCUUUUCUGUCUGCAGACAUUUUCACUGCAUGUAUGGGGAAAUGUCACACAUAAACAUUGUUAUAACAAGAAACAAGGAUGUUUGUUGCAUCCUUGUGAAUGCUGGGUUGUUAGCUAAUAAUUCAGAGACAGCGGGAAGAUAUAGUUUAAAAAAUAUACACUACCAUUCAAAAGUUUGGGGUCACUUAGAAAUGUCCUAACCGGAAUAGAAAGAGUGGGAGGCCCCAGUGCACAACUGAGCAAGAGGACAAGUACAUUAGAGUGUCUAGUUUAAGAAACAGACGCCUCACAAGUCCUCAACUGGCAGCUUCACUAAAUAGUACCCGCAAAACACCAGUCUCAACGUCAACAGUGAAGAGGCAACUCCGGGAUGCUGGCCUUCUAGGCAGAGUUCCUCUGUCCAAUGUCUGUGUUCUUUUGCCCAUCUUAAUAUUUUAUUUUAAUUGGCCAGUCUGAGACAUGGCUUUUUCUUUGCAACUCUGGUUUUGUUGGUUGCUUUUCCUUCACUCUGCAGUCCAACUCAUCCCAAAACAUCUCAUUUGGGUUGAGGUUGGGUGAUUGUGGCGAACAGGUCAUCUGAUGCAGCACUCCAUCGCUCUCCUUGGUCAAAUAGCCCUUACACCGCCUGGAGGUGAGUUUUGGGGUCAUUGUCCUGUUAAAAACAAAUGAUAGUCCCUCUAAGCUCAAACCAGAUGGGAUGGCAUAUAGCUGGAGAAUGCUGUGGUAGCCAUGCUGGUUAAGUAUACCUUGAAUUCUUAAUAAAUCAACCAACACUGUCACCAGCAAAGCACCUCCACACCAUCACACCUCCUCAUCCAUGCUUCACGGUGGGAACCACACAUGCGGAGAUUAUCCGUUCAGCUACUCUGCGUCUCACAAAGACACAGUGGUUGGAACCAAAAAUCUCAAAUUUGGAUUCAUCAGACCAAAGGACAGAUUUCCACCAGUCUAAUGUUGUUACGCCAUGACCUUAGAGAUCCUUUUUAUGUCUCUAUUUGGUUUGGUCAGGGUGUGACUUGGGGUGGGUAUUCUAUGUUAUAUUAUUUGUAUUUCUAUGUUUUGGCCGGGUAGGGUUCUCAAUCAGGGACAGCUGUCUAUCGUUGUCUCUGAUUGAGAACCAUACUUAGGUAGCCCUUUUCCCACCUGUCGUUGUGGGAAGUUGACUUUUGUUUAUGGCACAUAGCUUCACGGUUGUUGGCUUCAUUUGUUAUAAUAAAAGAAAAUGUACACACA